AUGGCGUGUAAUCCAUUACAAAGAGUAAAGAGAUCUGUGUUUGAUUAUCGUAGAGCGGACUUUGAUGGGCUAAGAGCCCAUCUCCAAACACUUAGCCUUGAAGCGCUAGUAACUGAUAAUGGUGGUAUCAACCAAGAUUGGUCGGACUGA